AGUUUUAAGAAAACACCCUACAUGCCGCAUUCCGCAUUAAUUCCGCGAGCUGUGAUGAAAAAUGACAUUUCCGUUCCAUUAACCUACUUAAAAUCGGAUGGGGUGUCCCCAUUCAAAUGACGUUAAAUUCGUCUUCCACAAUAGUGCUUAUUACUCGAUCACUCAACCUUACACAAACGGUACCAUGAUAACGACAUAUCACGUAAUUUUGACUAAACAAAAGCCAUAGAUGACGGCUUUUCCAUACAUACGAAUUAAAUUAUUAGUUUGAUUGAAUCGUAAAAAAAAAGACCUGUUACCAUGCGACAAAAUACUAGAAAGAAAUACAUAUAAGAAAAUAACAAAAACAUAGCGAUUGCUGUAAUGAAAUUACAUUUCGUGUGAAAAGAGAAAAACAAAAAGCAGCAUGGGUGAAGGAACUUCGCGGAAGUGAUGGCGAACCGCAUCCGGCUGUUGUUGUUUUGUUCAGAAUUGGUGAUCCCCGUCCGUCUUGCGCAAUUUUUUUGUGUGCAGCACAGCCAUCCGUGACGAAAUGACGUCAUGGGCUUGUGAGCCAAUUCCCUCCCGCCCGCGGCUAGGAUUUCACGGUACCAGCCUGGGGCCACACAUAAACAUAUAAAUUCCACGAACGCCCAAACAAACUCGAAUAAACAUGCCUCUAGGUUGUAUGCAUCCACUUCAGUUCAAGGCAAACUUCCCAAACAAAAUUCAGUCUCAGCUCGUCUUUCACGAUAACCGCGUCAGUUUCGUUGGCCGCGGUUGUUUUGUUUUUUGUUUUUUAAUUUCCAGUUUCCCCACAUUUCAGUGAUAGUGGCUUCGUCGUAGUUUAUUGUCGGCCAAGUUUUUUAGUUCUAUCCAGUGAGAUUUAUGAACGUGUAAUAAAGUGGUUUACAAAAGAUCUAACAAAGUGAUAAGAGUUAUUGAUUUAUCUCUUACAACAACCUGUUUUCGUGAUCUAGAAUUUUUUUUCCCCCAACUUAUUACACGACAGUCUCUUACGUUUGUUGGCAUAGUGGCGAUUUGGUGUUAGUGACCGGCAGGGCGUUGUCGAAAAAUGAAUAACCACAUACGAAUGGAAUACAUGCACCUGCUGCCAUGGAGGCGGCACGUUAAGGAAAACGGAGACGAGGAGCUUGGACUUGAUGACGAUAAUUUAUCUGAAUCCGAAACUCACUACCAUGAUAUCAACAAUCCCCGUGGGUCGGUCUACAGCAAGUACAGUUUGAACGAAGGCGAUUUAAAACUUUUGGGCUUCAUCCGCGAAGAGAAUGGAAUCACUGAAGAGACGGAUGCAAACGGCGAUAAGUUUUGCAGCAGCACUAAUCAGCGCUUGAUGAUGGCCAUCGAGGAUAGGGAUACUGGAGCUGUCGAGUUCUGUUUAAAAAACGGUGCGGAUCCAAACCACCAAUACGGAACGAACAAAAUCACUGCACUUCAUCUGGCUACUGUCGGUGCUCCAGAAGCUGUUCAGCCCUUGUUGAAAUACGGGGCUGACGUGAAAGCUGCCGACUCGAGAGGAAUAACGCCACUCCAUUUGGCGGCCGGAAUGGGUUCGGAGGAUCUCGUCCAGCAGCUGAUUGAAGCCGGAGCCGAUACCAACGGUCAGGAUCACGUUAGGGAGAAUGGAGGUGGCCAAGAGACGCCACUCCAUCGGGCGGCCGUUGGGGGCCACUUAGAAGCGUUGCGAAAACUGAUUCAUGGUGGUGCUCAGGUGAACAUUGGUGAAGCUCGAGGACGGACUCCCCUGCACUACGCGGCCCAGCGAGGAGCGACGGGCUGCAUCCAGGCUUUGUUAGAUUACCAAGCCGAUCCUAAUCUUACUGAUAAAAGAGGUGCCACUGCUUUGCUUCUCCUAGGAGGUGGUUACCUCAUCAAAGGACACCGACGAGUUUCAGGGUAUACUGAAAGUGUGGAAACGCUGAUCAGAGGCGGAGCCAAAGUGAAUGUUAAAGAUCCAGACUCGGGAGUCACUCCACUACACCAGGCCGUGACACUCGGUCGACUGGAGUCGACUAAAUUAUUGCUGGCCUAUGAAGCUAAUCUCAUAGCUCAGGACAAUGAAGGUGGAACACCUUUUCACGCGUGUGCCAUCAAAGGACAAGCGUCCACUCUCAAGUAUCUUCUUUCCCAGCCGGGCGCUAAAGACGCCAUCAAUUUGCCGGACUCUAAGGAUCGAAUGCCGCUUCACAAAGCCGCUUACCGUGGAUCAGCCGAGUGCAUUCAACUUCUGCUGAAAGCCGGUGCCGAUCUCGGCGCCAAGACCAAAACGGGACUGAGCGCGGCGACGCUAAUCCUGCAGUUGCCGAACGGAGCGAAAAUAUUGAGCAAGAGGCUGGACGAAUCCAUCAUCUCCAACGGGAUCGAUCCGAGUGAAGUGGCCUGCCGCAUCAAGUUCGACUAUUCCGUCCUGCUGACCAAGCACAAGUUCCAGCAGAUGGGGGUCAUCGAGGACAUCAUGGACGACAGACGCCAACGUCGAACGGCCGAUUUGCUCCAGCACCCGGUUAUCGAGUCCUUUCUAUUUCUGAAAUGGCGCAAGAUUCGAUUUCUUUUCUUUUCCAACAUCAUUUUGUAUUUGAUCCUGGUGGCCGGAGUGUCGGCCUACGUCCUGUCGAGCGUCUGGAAUGAUCCAGGCCCCUCUUCCGCAACGACAACGACAGUUCCGCCACUGAACUUAAGCGAAACAGUGGCAGGAUCCGACGUUCAAGUAACCAAUCGCUUUGCUUCCGAGCCGGAAAGCGUCAUGCAAUUGCAGUUGUCGCUAAACAUCGUCAUUUUGAUCAUCAUCUUCCAAGAGGUGAUACAGUUCACCUCGCUGCACUAUCAAUACUUCCGCGAACCGGAAUCUUGGAUCAAAAUCGGGGCUCUGGUCACCUCGACGAUUGUCAUUUUCUCGGCUCCUCCUUGGCCAGACUGGGUCCAUCAUGUCUCAGCUGUGGCCGUCCUUCUUGGCUGGUCGGAAGUCACUCUACUCCUUGGAAGAUUGCCGACGUUUGGAGUGUACGCCCUGAUGUUUUACGCAGUGGCCCAGCAUCUUGUCAAAUUCAUUUUCGUCUUCUUCUUCUUCUUGGCCGGUUUUUCGUUCAGCUUCCAUCUGAUUUUUAAAGAUCGACACGAAGCUUUCGGCUCUCCUUGGACGUCACUUCUACGCACAUUUGCCAUGAUGAUUGGUGACACCGGUUACGACGAGUAUUUGACCGAAGGCAAUUUCAACUUACAAGGGACGGCCCACGUCAUCUACUUCUUUUUCCUGAUUCUGGUCUCACUGAUUUUGAUGAACCUGCUUAUCGGUUUGGCCGUCAACGAUAUCCAAGGACUUCAGAAUGAAGGGCGCGUCAAGAGGUUGCGCAAACAGGCGGAAUACAUCGUCUACCUGGAGGACAUUGUCAGCAACAGGUUCCUGCGAUGGCUACUCUUCUGCUCCGGCAUCAUGCAGUGGUUAAACUCUUGGAUCAACCUGGAGCCCGUUUUCACUUUUAGUCCGGCCGGACGGAAAAUGAAGACCGUCGUUUUGCCGUCAUCAACAGUCGAGCGGUCCGUGGUCAUAGUGCAAGAGGGCCGGGCUCCGUUGGAGAGUAUGACGAUCAGUGACACCUACAAUUUACUGCACGAAUGCGUAGCGUCCAUCGGCACUCUCCGACAGAGAAUCGAAAGCCUGGAACAAGGUUUAGUCGGAUCGUCGACAGCCGUACCGCUUCCGGAUUCCGGAUCGUCGGAGAAUAUCGAGCACAAAGGAGAUUCUGGCGUCGCUCAGGAUCAGGAUUCUGGCGAAAAUCAUGAAGAUUCUGAUUCAUCCGUUUCCGAAUUGGAUUACCCCAAAAGUCAUAAAGGAGAGGGCGACGGCAGUGGAGAUCAUCUGGACGGACCGUACGGCAGGUUAGGUAGAUCGUUGUCGCGCAAAACCACCAAGACGACAGUGCUAAAGCGCUCCAUUCAGUCAGAGUUAAUGGACAUAAAAAGAAUGUUAAUCACACUCACUUCCCAAAAUGAUAUCUCACCUUAAAACUAUUUUAAUUAUUAUUUUGCACCGGAGUUUCUAUAAAUCCGAUAAGUUAUUGUUAACAACCUUUUUUCGUUCUACAUCAGUUUAACUGAUUCUCUUCGCAUUUUCCUGUUUUUGAUACUUUCAAUUUUACUUGCUUGUGAUACAAUUCAACAAUUGAAUAUUUAAAUCUUAUCACCAAUCAAGCCAUCAACUUAUUUUUUAAACUAGAAAAUCACGAGUAUUUUUAAUGGCAUGACAAAAGAAGUAUUUUUGGUUGACAAUUGGUUAUUAUCUGUUAUAUAACCAGGUUGUCAGUUAGAAGUGAAGAAUUAAUUUCUGAAACACUUUCAGUCAGAAUGAUCAAAAGACAUGUUAAUAAGAGAAAAUGAAUAAAAAUGCUCUAAAAUGUCGAUCGAUUGUAUUCGUGAUUUCACGGAGAGGAUAUAUGCAUUGAUUCCAAAUUGUUAUUUAGACAAAUUCACUUCCACACCAUGUUAGUAAAGUAAUAACGGAGAACAUAUAAGGGACGUUAAACAAGAGCAACUGCACAACUUAUCCUCUGUAUCCACCGUAAUGGCCGCCAUAGCCACCGUAUCCUCCAGGGUGUCCACCAUAUCCUCCGCGAUAGGCUUUGUGUUUCUUCUCUGCCGUUUCUAGAUCUUCAGCGGCAGUUUCUUCUACGACAGAACGGCCUUUGCGUCCCUUGAAUUUCUUAUGACCAUGUUCAGCGGUCUCCAAGUCAGCUGCUUCUUCUGCGACAGAGCGGCCCUUACGUCCCUUGUAUCCCUUGUGACCAUGUUCAGCGGCUUCCAAGUCAGCUGCUUCUUCUGCGACAGAGCGGCCCUUGCGUCCCUUGUAUCCCUUGUGACCAUGUUCAGCGGCUUCCAAGUCAGCUGCUUCUUCUGCGACAGAGCGGCCCUUGCGUCCCUUGAAUUUCUUAUGACCAUGUUCAGCGGCCUCCAAGUCAGCUGUUUCUCCUUCAACAGAGCGGCCCUUGCGUCCCUUGAAUUUCUUAUGACCAUGUUCAGCGGUCUCCAAGUCAGCUGCUUCUUCUGCGACAGAGCGGCCCUUGCGUCCCUUGUAUCCCUUGUGACCAUGUUCAGCGGCUUCCAAGUCAGCUGUUUCUCCUUCGACAGAGCGGCCCUUGCGUCCCUUGUAUCCCUUGUGGCGAUGCUCAGCAGUUUGCAAAUCUAAAAGAGUUGCGUCUCCUUUGACCUGUUGCGUUUCCUCAACGGCUGCCG